UUUAGUGUCGGGCGUCGUCAUGAUAUGAAAGGAAAUCACUUCUUUAUAAGAUACAACACUGCUUAUGAUGGCGACUGGUGGGGCAUCAAAGAUUCUCUUUGUGGCUGCCAUAGACUUUGGGACUACGUAUUCUGGGUACGCCUUUGCGUCGAAGGCAGAUUUGGACAAAAAACUUGAGGAAGGUGAAGACGUUCCCAUUCAGGCCAAUAUAUGGAACGCUGGGGCGAGGUCCCUCUUGUCCAGUAAGGCACCGACAGCUCUGUUAUUGAAACCAGAUAAAUCUUUCCAAUCGUUUGGAUACGAUGCAGAGAAUGACUACUCACAGCUUGUGGAAGAGGAGGAGCACGAAGACUAUUAUUAUUUUCACAGAUUUAAGAUGAUUCUUCACGACAACCCGAACCUGCGAAAGGAUACUUUAGUUAAGGAUACCACCGGGAAAAGUCUCCCUGCCAUUGAUGUAUUUUCUCAUUCCAUCAAAUUCCUCAAACAACAUUUAUUUGAUACAAUAAACAACCAUAUCGGUGGCGAACUGAAGGAAGAGGACAUUCAAUAUGUACUUACUGUGCCAGCUAUCUGGGACGACAAAGCCAAACAGUUCAUGCGGGAAGCGGCCAGAAAGGGUGGAAUAAGCGGUGACCAGCUGAUGAUUGCCCUGGAACCUGAGGCUGCAUCUAUUCACUGUCAGAACAUUCCACUUGGCAAGGGAGGAGGAGAAGCCACAUACAUGGUGGUAGAUGUAGGAGGUGGCACUGCCGACAUCACGGUACAUCAACGGAGCCGCCUAGGAGGGCACAGUGAACUGAAGGAGCUGCAUCAGGCAACAGGAGGUGCAUAUGGAGGUAAAUCCGUAGACGACGCGUUUGAAAAAUUUCUUUGUGAAAUCAUUGGGAAAGGAAAACUGAAAAAACUUCGAGAACAAAGUAUGGAGGACUACAUUGAUAUUUUUCGUGAAUUCGAAACCAAAAAGCGUAGUUUUGCUUCCUCAACAACGAGGGAGAAAGAGUCUUUUUCGCUUCCUGUUACACUAACAAGUAUGGUGAAAUCGGACAUGAAAUUGAAAACAAUGGACGCAGCCAUCAAACAAAGCCCAUAUGGUGAACAGUUGGCAUUUUCUCAUCACAAACUACAAAUUUCUAGCGAAUUAUUUCGAAAUCUUUUCCAACCUACCAUUGCCGGAAUUUUAGAACACAUGGAGAAGAUAUUCUACGAUAGCAAAUUUCAACAUGUUGACACAAUUGUGAUGGUGGGUGGAUUUUCGGAAUGUAAACUUGUACAGGACUCCAUUAAAAAACGUUUUACAUUGAAAAGGAUAAUUAUACCACAUGAUCCCGGUCUGGCCGUAUUAAAAGGAGCUGUACUUUUUGGUCACAAACCACGUACAAUCGGUUGCAGAGUCGCUCGUUACACGUACGGUGUCCAGAGCUGGCCUGCUUACAACGACUACUAUCGCAGAGAUAAGCGGGUCGUUGUUGAAGGAGUUGCACGAUGCAAAGAUGUCUUCUUAGUAUAUGUCGAAAAAGGCCAACAAUUAACUCCAGGACAUUCCGAAUCCCAGGUUUUCCGAGCACUGAAGGCAGACGAGGAAUGUCUACAGUGUGCAGUUUACAUCUCUGACCAAAAGAGUCCUACGUACGUGGACGAACCAGGCUGUCGACUGUUAGGUAUCCUGACGGUUCCGCUGGAUCAGUCUGGUCCAGGCCCAGCCGAGGUCGAGGAGACGCUUGUAUUCGGUGAGACAGAACUGUAUGUGAAGGCGAAGGACAUAAAGACUGGUAAUAAAUACCAGACUCAGUUUGAUCUACUGCAUUGAUCCUGAUUCUGCAUUGAUGUAUUGUACAGCUGAACUGACGGAUGAUAUACUGUACCAAUGCUAGAUUUAACAGAACUUCUCUGUAUUCAUCGAGAAAUACUGUGGCUAAUGCAGAAAAUGUACUUUCCAACACAUGUAAUCCAGAAUACCACUCUCCCUCAACAGAUUGUGUCAGCUUCAUUCCAAUGCAAAUCCCAUCCCUGCCACUGCGAACACCACCCCAAUCCUCUCAGCGUCACCAUCGUGCGGUCGCCGCCUGCCCUUUUUACUGACUCGGUCGCAGCAGAUAUGUACAGCUGUCGCUCAAAAAUUGAAAUGUUUCCUGAACUAUAUGAUACGCUUAAAGUCGACAAGUUAUAUAUCGACGAGAUUCUCUCUACUACCGUUACUCGCACAGUCGUCAGAACGUCAACAUCUAUCGCCUUACUUUGGGAGGCAUUACAAGAGGUCUUAAUCUUGGACAUCAUGAAAACCACGAUGUCGCGAACUCUUUUAUUAAAAUAAUCUUUCUGAAUUCUGUGACAUUAAA